GAAGGGGGGGGGGAGGUUCUGCCCCGUCUCCUACUCCGUUACUUACUGGUACCAGUCCUGCUGCCCAGUAUCCAACGUGGGGGAACAGCCAGACGCCUCAUGAUGAUGUCACUAGCGGCUGCUCUUGGCUUCCUGAUGUUGGCCUCCUCGGUGGGAUCCGUGGUCUCUCCGUGCCCCGCCGGCCUGCCGGGAGUUCCGGGAUUCCCUGGGAAAGAUGGGAGAGACGGGCGCAGGGGCCCCAAGGGAGAGUCAGGGCCCAUGGCUACAACGCUACACAGAAGCCUUAAAGGAGAUAAAGGAGACACUGGCCCACAGGGGCCUCUGGGAAAGAAUGGGCCCAAAGGCCCAGCUGGAGCUGCGGGGGAAAAGGGGGAGCAGGGGGAGAUGGGGGACACGGGGAGCCCAGGGGACCACAAGCGCCAGUACCAAUCGGCCUUUACAGUGGCCAGACUGACCAAUGAGCAUCCGGUCAAGAACUCGCCCAUUCUGUUCACCAGAGAGAUCACUAACGACCACAAGGACUACGAUGUGACCAGCGGCAAGUUCAGGUGCCGGAUCCCGGGCCAGUACUAUUUCUCCUUCCAUGUGUCCCACUCGGCCAACCUGUGCGCCGCGCUCUAUGUGGACGGCCAAGCCAAGGCCAGUUUCUGUGACCACAUGUCCAGCGCGGUCCAGGUGGCCUCUGGGGGGGUCCUUGUGGCCCUGGAAGCGGAGCAGGAGGUGUGGCUAGCGCUCAAUGAUUACAAUGGCAUGAUUGGCACCGAGGGCAACGACAGUGUAUUCUCAGGCUUCCUUGUCUCUCCUCAAUAGGUGGGUAGGUAACCCCCAUCUGCCCCCAUUACCCCCCCCCCAGGGUAUAGGAGAAUGAAGCAAUGUCCAAUCAUUUAGUGCCUUUGCCCUCAGUACAGCAAUGCUCUGUGUAUUGCCCUGUGAUCCUUUAUAUAACCGCAAAUUAAAGGGUAACUAUCCCUUA